CUGUUGAAUAAUGAAAGAAUUUGCCUGACAGGGUUGUAGUGUUCCCUCGUCUUGAUGAAUUAUUGCAGAGGAUAAGCGACAGACUUUUGUCGAAAAUGUAUUGGAAUGACUCAUCCAAUUCCUCAGAAAGUGACAAUGAAGCUCAUUCAGCCUUUACACAGACUGAGCACAACAUAGUUGCAGCUUACUUAAUAACAGCAGGAGUGAUAAGCAUUUUCAGUAACAUCGUGGUGUUAGGCAUCUUUGUUAAGUACAGAGAGCUUCGGACAGCAACCAAUGCAAUUAUUAUCAACUUGGCUUUUACUGACAUUGGUGUUAGUAGCAUUGGUUACCCCAUGUCUGCUGCCUCAGACCUGCACGGAAGCUGGAAAUUUGGAUAUACUGGAUGCCAGAUCUAUGCUGCCUUAAAUAUCUUUUUUGGGAUGGCGAGUAUUGGUUUGCUCACUGUUGUUGCAGUUGACCGUUACCUGACAAUCUGCAGGCCCGAUAUAGGAAGAAGAAUGACUACCCGUAGCUACACGGCUCUAAUCCUUGCUGCUUGGAUAAAUGCAGUCUUAUGGGCUUCCAUGCCCGUUCUAGGCUGGGCUAGCUACGCUCCGGAUCCAACUGGAGCAACGUGCACAGUAAAUUGGAGGAACAAUGAUGUGUCCUUUGUUUCCUACACAAUGAGUGUAAUUGCUGUUAAUUUUGUUGUGCCCUUAACAGUCAUGUUUUACUGUUAUUACAAUGUUUCCCGGACAAUGAAACAAUAUGCCAGCAGUAACUGCCUGGAGAGCAUUAACAUAGAUUGGUCUGACCAAGUAGAUGUGACAAAGAUGUCUGUUGUGAUGAUUCUAAUGUUCUUGAUGGCCUGGUCUCCAUAUGCUAUUGUGUGUUUAUGGUCUUCCUUUGGAGACCCAAAGAAAAUUUCUCCUGCAAUGGCCAUAAUAGCUCCUCUUUUUGCAAAAUCUUCCACAUUCUAUAAUCCCUGUAUUUAUGUCAUUGCAAACAAAAAGUUUCGGAGGGCGAUCCUGGCAAUGGUGCGAUGUCAGACAAGACAAGAGAUAACUAUAAACAAUGCUUUGCCCAUGAGUGUAUCGCAAAGUGCAUUGACAUCGUAGAGCUCCUGUCAUUUGCCUGCAUAAAUUACGUGGAAAGGAGUGAAAUCUGGGUUAAAGCUAAUUAAUCUUUUGGACAAUUAAUCUUUUGGAAUAAUAAUCUGCCCCAGCCAGCUGUUUUUUGUUAGUCACAGUAAUCUUUUUAGAU